UAGGUGAAUCACCAACCGCCCGCUGGAUGAGUUUGGUAAAUCGAAGGAUCAUCAAUGAGUAAGACCCAUUCCAUGUAUUCGACGACAAUUCAAUCAACUCCAGUAUAGGAGAAGAGAAGAGUGAGGCUGUGUGGCACUUGCGGUACUAGUUGGUAAAGCUUUGCUUACGGGUCCGGGGUCCUUGUAUCGAGUUCAAUCGUUCGUUGUUGGGUUUGGUGGUCUUCUCGUCUUCCUUCAAAAACCACUAAAACCCUAAAAAAUAAAAAAGCCUUUGGGUUUGCAAAAUUUGAAUUGAGCGAGAUGGCUUGGUUGACUCGAUUCCUAGCAGCCGUGGCUUUCUUAGCCAUCGGAGUGAUUUUCUCCCCGGAGACCUUUGGAUCCAAAUCGGAUGGUCUGAAUUCACCAACCCUCUCCACCUACCUAAAACUGGCCCAUCUCCUCACCUUCUCCACCGCUUUCGGUGCGGCUCUCUGGGUUACCUUCAUCGGCGGCAUCAUCAUGUUCAAGAAUCUUCCGAGGCAUCAGUUUGGCAAUCUUCAAAGCAAGAUGUUUCCAGCGUAUUUCUCAAUGGUGGGGAUCUGCUGUGCAGUAUCAGUAGCCUCGUUUGGGUAUUUGCAUCCCUGGAACUCUUCUUCUGUUGCUGAGAAGUACCAGCUCGGCUUUUUGCUCUCUUCCUUGGCCUUCAAUCUCACCAAUUUGUUUGUCUUCACACCCAUGACCGUCGAGAUGAUGAAGCAAAGGCAUAAGGUGGAGAGGGAACAGAACAUUGGGGAAGAAGUUGGAUGGUCGAAAAAUGUGCAAGUGGCAAAGGUAAACCCAAAACUAGCAGCCAUGAAUAAGAAAUUUGGGAUGAUUCAUGGGUUAUCAUCUCUAGCCAACAUCAUGGCCUUUGGCAGCCUUGCUAUGCACUCAUGGUACUUGGCUAGUAAACUUAAUCUGUAACCAAAUAAAACAAGGAAGGAAAAGAAGAAAACGAAAAAAAACCCCAAGUUUCCUUUUGUUUUGAGGAUUGGGGAUAGGGGAUUGAAUAAAGUAGUAGGGCUCUCUAUGCUUUCUUCUCAGUUUGAUUCAACGUUAUAUGUACAAGAAUAUGAUUAUCUCCUUUUUGUCUAUGAAAUAUAAUGCUCUAAGCAGUGUGUCAUAUGAUAUGACCAGUGGAAAUGUGAGUUUAUAAUGAAGAUGAUAUGCUGCGUUAUUGUUUGG